AUGAGUAGUCCAAAGCGCAGAAUCGAGACGGAUGUCAUGAAGAUGUUGAUGAGUGAUUAUGAAGUGACGCUGGUCAAUGACAACAGUGAGCAAGAAUUCUACGUUCGCUUCAAGGGACCUGAAGAAACCCCAUUUGCAGGUGGCCACUGGAAGAUCCACGUCGAACUACCCGAUCAAUAUCCCUACAAAAGCCCGAGCAUCGGCUUCGUCAACCGCAUUUUCCACCCGAACAUCGAUGAGCUCUCUGGAUCUGUCUGCCUAGAUGUCAUCAAUCAGACCUGGUCACCAAUGUACGACAUGAUCAAUAUCUUCGAAGUCUUUCUACCACAAUUACUUCGUUAUCCCAACCCAGCCGACCCUCUUAACGGCGAAGCGGCGGCGAUGCUCAUGCGAGACCCGAAGAACUACGAAAACAAAGUGCGAGAUUACGUUGCCAAAUACGCCAGCAAGGAAGCAGCCGACGAUGGCGGCGAAGAGACCGAAUCCGACGACGAGUUAAGUUCUGUAGGCAGCUACGAGUCCGGAGGCGAAGAGCCAGCGGGCACAAUGGAUGACGUCUGA